AUGUCUAUCGAACACUGUGGUUCUCUUAGUCCUUCUAUUAAGGCAAAACUGCAGAAUGCUGGUCUAAUGUGGAUAGAUGAUAUUCCCCGAUUAAAAUAUCAUGCAAGUGUGAAUGAAAAUACUACUACUACUACUACUAAGAAAGAAGAAGAAGAAAAUCCUUCUCAUUCUCUGUUGAAUGAAACACUCACAGCUCUUUUGCAGCGAUGUCCACAACUCACACAUGAUGAAGCCGUACAAUUACUGCACGUUGUGGAUACGCACCGCAGUGGGAAAUAUCCCGCCGGUCGUUCGUGUUGUUCUUCUCCUGCAAUUCGAACACUUCAGGAGAUGAUGGAAUUGGAAGAAACGGCGGGAACUGAGAAAGUGACGACUUUCUGUGGUAGUUUAGAUCUCCUUCUCGGGGGUGGUGUGCCGGUGGGUGCGGUGAGUGAGAUUUGUGGUCCGCCGGGUGUUGGCAAGACCCAAUUAUUAAUGCAAUUGGCUGUGAACUGUGCCUUACCAGUGGAGUUGGGAGGAUUACACGGGGCCUGUUUGUUUAUAGACACAGAAGGGAGUUUUGUGCCGGAGCGUUUUCGUGAAAUUAUUUCCGCUGCUGUUCUGCAGGUGAAACGGAUUAUACUUCGUCAAGAGUCGGAGGGUAUUUAUAGUGGAAGUGUGACGGUGGCGGGAGAUGAUGGAUUAACAGUGACAUCCUGCAGUGGGAAUAGUGUGAGUAAUCAUAGUAAUAAUAGUAAUAGUAAUAGUAAUAAUACUAAUAUAAAUAAUACUAAUACUAAUAGUACUACUACGGCGUCUUCUCCCUCAUCUCGUAAGAGAAGCCGAAAUGAAACUACACAUACCUCUAUUGCGGCUAUAGCAGAUUUCUUUACAUUGGAGUAUGUACUUGGAGAAACACAGUAUAUGCGGAUAACGGAUCUUGUUUCACUCAUGGCCUUUUUACAUAUGCUUCCCACAUAUCUUGCCGCUCAUCCAACCAUACGAAUGAUAGUGAUUGACUCCAUUGCAUUUCCUUUUCGUUCCUUUACUCAGUUUGAUACUACACGUAAUCCACAACAACAUUAUCAAGGGGGAAUAGAGACUUUUGAGAUGCAGGAGAAUCAAACUUCUCUGGAGUCUAAACAACUUAUUUGGCAACGAUCUCGACUUCUUUUUAGUUGUGGGCAAAUAUUACAGCAACACGCCCGUAAUCAUAAACUCUGUAUUGUUGUGAGUAAUCAAGUAACCAGUCGUACUAUAAAUAAUAAUAAUAAUAAUAAUAAUAAUAAUAAUAAUAAUAAUAAUAAAACAGAAUCAUCACAUAUUCUUAUUCCUGCCUUGGGGGAUUCAUGGGCAUAUGGUUUAUCAACACGUCUCUUGCUUAUGCAGAAACACUAUACUUUGGGCUUUAAUGGGAUAAGGGAUAAAAAAGAGGGAUGUCAUGAGAAUGUUGUUUUUAUCGCAACAUCAAUGAACAAUAAUGAUGAUAAUAGUGGUAGUGGUAAUGUGGAUAACAGCAGUAACUGCAAGAGUAAAAAGAAUGAUAUUAGUAGUGUAGUGAAUGCUGUUCAACACCGAGUGGCACGUCUUGUGAAGAGUCCAACACAACCGCGUGGGGAGUGUUGUUUCUCUAUAAGCCAGAAAGGUGUGCGUGAUGUUUUUCGGGUGGAGUUGUGA